GAGCACGUCAGACAGAGUUAAGGUGACUUCGUCUUGAAUCAACUUCGCAAUGAAUUCUACUUGUUUGUGGGUUUUAUUGCUGUUGUGUGGCUUGACUUCAGCCGAGGUUGGUGAGAAUGCUGUUGAAACACGUUCAUGCUUUCCUGAUAUGUGUGAUCUUCUGAGAGAGUUCGGAUCCAUGGCAGAAAAACUCAAAGUUAUGGAAACCAGGCUGCAGGACAGUGAAACCAGGCUGCAGGACAGUUAAACCGGGUUGAAGAUGAGUGAAACCAGGCUGCAGGACAGUUAAACCGGAUUGAAGAUGACUGAAACCGGGUUGAAGAUGAGUGAAACCAGGCUGCAGGACAGUGAAACCAGUCUAGAGAUCCGUGAAACCAGUCUGAAGAUGAGUAAAACCAGGCUGCAGGACAGUUAAACCGGGCUGAAGAUGACUGAAGCCAGGCUGCAGGACAGUUAAACCGGGCUGAAGAUGACUGAAGCCAGGCUGCAGGACAGUGAAACCAGGCUAAAUGACAGUGAACACCAGAUUCUUGAUCUGAAGAGCAAAGGUAAGAGAGAACCAAGGUGAUCUUCAGUGCAGCGAUAGGAAGAAAUGGAGCUGUUGGACCGUACAACACAGACACAACUUUAGUCAACAGAACAGUGAUCACAAACAUCGGCAACGCCUACAAUGCAGCCACAGGUAACAUUCUGUUCAAUAGAUUUUUGCUGUUGAAUAUGAAUUCAUGACACGGUUUACACCAAGUAUCAAUUAAAGCAAUACAGCACAACAACAACAACAACAUCACAGUGACAGUUUUGUAAGUACAAGUGUUUACAGUGUAGUUAUUUGUUUAACCAAAUUCUAUUAGUGCCGCAGAAAUUGAAAAUAAUAAAAUCUGAAAGGUUUUUUUAUGCUUGGAGUGUGUUUGUGAUUGUGUUCAUGAACCUGCCUUGUGUGUCGCAAGAAUCCAGAAAUGUUUACACACCAAUGCAGAGCUGGCUCUGAGGCGUCCUUGUAAUGAAGAUAAGAUACUAAAGGAACACGAAUCUGAAUGCUUCGUCUUACCUCUAUCGUAACAUACAAAACACUAUACAGUCAUGUAUUAGUUUUUAAUAUGUAUAUAAAUAAAGUUAAGUUACAUGUCUCUUUAAUAAAUAUUAAAAAUAUUAAGAUGCUUCUAUUUUGAAGCACAGACAUCAAACUAUCCUCCUCUUGCAGAGAGCAGCACAGUUAGCAAACUUUGUAACUUUACAGGCAAUUCAUGUAACACUUAUAUUAAACAUGGGCAUGUAUUACCACGAGGCAAGUAUAAACAUGUAAUUCAUUCGACAUGACUUUUAUUCAACUACUACUACUACUAAUAAUAGCUUUCAGUGUUUCUCCUAGGUUUACAAUGGACACUUUACAUACGGAAACUACUGUAUCUUUCUGUGACAUGGCCCUUCCUACGGCGCUGGUGGUUGAGUUGUUAGGUUUGUUAGUUGUAAAAUAUUAUAUUAGGACAUCAUUGCCAGAGACACAACAGGUGUUUAAAUACAUUUAAGAUGUCAUGCGACAGAGGUCCUGGUCACGUGAAUUUUGAAUGAACUUAGUAAUCAGGACAGUCAUAUAUUUAUAAGCCAGGUGGCCAAAGGAUACAGCCCUGAUUCUGUCAAAAACGAUAGGCAGACGUGAAUUUGAGCCAAAACAAAGAGAGAAGUGGAGGUCAAUGUACAGAGGGGUGAUGGAAAGUGCCACCAAUGGCAUAAAGAAAAACAUGUUUUCAAAACACACACACAGAGAUUUUCAUUUAAAAAGAAAACAUAGUAAGCCAACUGAUGGUGCCGACUCUAUGGAGACAUACAAACCAACUGAGCAGAAAACACUUACCUCCCUAUAUAAACUUCCAGCCAAGCUGAUUGUCAUCAGUCAUCAGCUGCGAGACAACAUCACAGGUGCAGUCAAUUGCUCCUGAUGAGAAGGGUAACCAGUGACAAAGAUCCUGGGCAAUCUAUCCGUAGUCCUACAAUUCUACAUUUUAGUUAUCAGACGCUGUCAUACAAAGUGACAUAAAUCAGAGCAGACAAACAGCUAUAAGUCCAAUCGGACACACAGGCGCUGACAGGAAGUGCACAGAACCAAAGCACAGCAUGGUCAGCUGCUCUUCAGAGUUCUAAUAAGCAUAAAAACCAUCCUAGAUAUAAUAAUCGUCAUCAUCCAACUGAUUCCUCUGAUUGUAUUCUCAUGCCCUUACUCCUUGUUGUUGUAUUACAAGUUAAGAUAAUACAUGUCAAAUGGAUGUUAGAAAUUAACACGUUCUCAUUAAACAACUAACAGUUAUUGUCUGCUUGCCUGAAUUGUACAAUAAACAUGUAUUUAUGCACCAAACCAAUAGUUUCAUAAUUCUCGGUCGUAUCUCUCAGGAAGAACCGAGUAUGUCUCCCUGGGUGAAAACAAUCCCGGACUCACCUUGUCACCUGUGGAGUCCCCCAAGGAUCAUUCCUCGGCACCACCCUGUUCAACCAUUACAUGCUACCCCUUGGCCAAGUCAUCAGCUGGCAUGGAAUUUCAUUCCAUUGCUAUGCUGAUGACACUCAGAUUUACUUAAAAACAAAUCAAACACCCUCUGCACCCCUGCCAUCAUCGACACCGUCCACCUGCCUGGAGGAGAUAGAGGCGUGGAUGAAGCAUAACUUCCUCAAAUUGGGACAGCUCCAAAACAGAAGCGAUUCUACUUUGCACCCCACACCAAAUCAGGUCAUUUCUCAUAACCAGCAUUACCUUUUCUGGCCAAGACAUCCCCCUUUUCUCCAACCAUCACCAAUCAUGGCAUCAAAAUGGACCCUCACCUGAACUUUGAAGGCCACGUUAAACAUCUGUGCAAAAGAUCAAUUUGGUCAAUUUGCUUUCACUGCCCUUGAAUCACAUGACUCUUCUCAUAUAGUGAAGGUGAGCUCCGUGAUGAACUUAGGAACAUUGUAUUGACAUUUCUCUGGGAUAUCAAAGGUUAUCUGAUUGCCAGUAAAUGGAGUUAAUAUUGUUUUCUUAUUGCAUAAUCAGCCUUGAUUCAAAGGGGGUGUUAGAAAUUGUCAGGUCACAAAUAAAUAUCAGUCCAGCAGCCAGGGGGAUCAAAUCAGUCAGGGGUAGAUAACGGAGAGACUCUUUUUCUUUUAACUAACUUGAAGAUUUUUAUCCGACAUGCUCUGGUUUCUUUUGCUGUUCUGUGGCUUGUCUUUGGCUGACGAGGGUGUGAACGAUCCUGAAACACAGUCAUGCUUUCCUGACAUGUGUAAUCUCCUGAAAGAGUUUGGUGCCAUGUCAGAAAAAAUCAAAUCUUUGGAAACCAGGCUGCAGGAAAGUGAAGCAGGGCUGAAGGCCAGUGUAAUCAGACUGCAGAACAGUGAAACCCAGAUUUCUGAUCUGAGUAGCAAAGUGACAACCAAGGUGAUUUUCAGUGCAGCGAUAGGAGGAAAUGGAGACGUUGGACCCUUCAACACAGACACAACUUUAAUCUACAGAACCGUGAUCACAAACAUCGGCAACGCCUACAAUGCAGCCACAGGUGUCUUUGCUGCACCUUAUGCUGGAGUUUAUUACUUCGCCAUCUUCCACCACGCUGGAAGAAAGUUCGGCACCGAGCUGUACCUCUACAAGAACAGUGAGCGCAUUGUGAAAACGCAGAAUCACAAAGCUGUCAGCGAGACGGCUCAUAACGGAGGAAACAUUGUGUUCCUGCAGCUGAAUCAAGGCGACCAAGUCUAUGUGCGUAUGAAUGCACACUCAUACGUGUGGGGCUCUUUAUACCACACAACCUUCAGUGGUUUUCUGGUCCACAUGUGAGAACAGAUAAGAAGCAGCUGUUUCUUUAGGAUGAAUGAAAUCAUCCGAAAAUAAAUCCUGUAGCUUUAAAGUUUGGUUAA